AUGCAACCGAAGGCACUACUUAUUGCUUUACUGUUAGUAUGUGCCUGGAAUUGGAUACGAGGCAUAGACGGUGAUGUUGGUGAGUUCUUAAUCGGAGUUGGAAGCUAUGACAUGACUGGUCCGGCGGCCCACGUCAACAUGAUGGGUUACGGCAAUCUGGACCAGAACUCGGCUGGCAUUCAUUUCCGACUAAGAGCCAGAACUUUCAUCGUCGCUCAUCAGAAUCAAGGUCCCAGGUUUGUUUUUGUCAAUCUUGAUGCCUGUAUGGCAUCCCAGCUCAUCACUAUUAAAGUGCUUGAAAGACUCAAGUCAAGGUUCGGAAAUUUGUAUACCCAAGAAAACGUAGCUAUUAGCGGAAUUCAUUCACACGCUGGACCUGGCGGUUAUCUCCAAUACCUUCUUUACUCAGCAACCUCCUUGGGAUUUGUACGACAAUCAUUUGAUGUCAUUGUGAACGCAAUAGAACAGAGCAUUAUUCAGGCGCACAAUAACGUCAAGCCUGGUUCUAUCUUUAUCAACAAAGGAGAGGUGAAGGACGCGGGAAUUAAUAGGAGCCCGAGCGCGUAUCUGUUAAACCCAGCAGAGGAGAGAGCUCGGUAUUCUUCCAAUGUUGAUACGGAAAUGACACUACUCAAGUUCGUUGAUGCUUCAACCGGAAAAAGUGUUGGAAUGUUCAACUGGUUUGCCACUCACGGCACUUCUAUGAGCAGAAACAACAAGCUCAUAAGUGGAGACAACAAGGGUGCAGCUUCUAGGCUCUUUGAAGAUUGGUUUGCUUCUUCGUCUUCUUCCUCCAACACCAACUCUACUUCGCCACCUGAUAUUGAGAAGUUGGUGGAGAAAGCGAAAACAAUCAAAGCGACUGGAGGAAAGGCUUGUGAGAAGCAAAGUAGUCAAGCGUCCAAAGUGAGGAAGAAGGAAGGAGAUUUAUUUGUGGGAGCAUUUUGCCAAUCAAAUGUUGGAGAUGUGACACCAAAUGUGCUUGGUGCAUUUUGCAUUGAUAGUGGACAACCUUGCGACUUUAAUCGCUCUUCAUGCCAUGGCAAUGACCAGCUUUGUGUUGGCAGAGGACCAGGUUAUCCUGAUGAAAUAUUAAGCACGAAGAUCAUAGGUGAGAGGCAGUUUAAAACUGCAGUGGAUCUCUUUACUUCUGCAUCAGAGAAAUUGAGUGGGGACAUUGAUUAUCGUCAUGUGUAUCUCAACUUCACGAAUAUUGAGGUUAAGCUGGAAGGCAACAAGGUUGUUAAAACUUGUCCUGCCGCUGUGGGUGCUGGUUUUGCUGCUGGCACAACCGAUGGCCCUGGUGUAUUUGGAUUUCAACAAGGUGACACUGAGAUUAAUCCUCUUUGGAAGAACUUGAGAGAUGUGCUAAAAAUGCAGCCAAGCCAGUACCAAGUGGAAUGCCAAAAGCCAAAGCCAGUUUUGAUGAGCGCGGGUGAGAUGUUUGAUCCUUAUGCAUGGGCGCCAGCAAUUCUUCCAAUCCAAAUUCUAAGGCUGGGGAAACUGAUCAUUUUGUCAGUACCAGGAGAGUUCACAACAAUGUCGGGCAGACGGCUGAGGGAGGCAGUCUUGGAAACAUUAAUAAGCAACGGAAACGGCGAGUUUAAUAAUGAAACACACGUAGUUAUUGCAGGCCUCACUAAUACUUAUUCCCAGUAUAUUGCAACUUUUGAAGAAUAUGAGCAGCAACGUUACGAGGCUGCUUCAACGUUAUAUGGACCUCAUACAUUAUCAGCAUACAUCCAGGAAUUUAAGAAACUAGCACAAGCAAUGGCAAAAGGGGAGGGAAUCACAGGACCAGGUCCCUCACCACCAGAUCUUUCAUCUGUACAAAUCAGUCUCUUACCUGGACCUUUGGGAGAUUCAAUACCCGACAAGACAAGAUUUGGUGAUAUUAAGGAAGACAGGGCCCUUCCUGGUAGAGGCUAUUUUACAAAAGGAGAAAGAGUCAGUGCCACUUUCUGGAGUGGGAAUCCAAGGAACGAUUUAUUAACAGAAGGCACGUUUUCAGCUGUAGAAAGACUGGAAGGAGAAAGGUGGAUUAGUGUUUAUGAUGACGAUGACUUGAGCUUGUUUUUCAAGUGGAAAUUGGAUAGUAGCUCCUUUCAUUUAAAUGGCUUAGCAACAAUAGAAUGGGAAAUACCCAAUGAUGUUGUUUCUGGAGUAUACAGACUGAGACACUUCGGAUCGUCCAAGGAAACUAUUGUCUCAGCCACACAAUACUUCACUGGAGCAUCAAGUGCAUUUGCAGUUGUACGGCAAUAGAUUAUA